CCUUCUCUUCGCACCGACUCUUCGACACACUUAUGGCGAACAGCUCUAAAAAUCACGCGCCACUCGUGAUCCCUGAGCGCUUUGCGAAACUGUUCACCAACGCCAGGCCCGCUCGCCGCACAUCCCUCACGAACCAACGGCCCUCGCAUCGAGCGCGUCGACCAGCGACCGCACCUGCCUCACUUCCUUCUCUGUUCUUCUUUGUCUCAAAGCCUUUCGUCACUUUCCCCGCUGGCACCUCCCUCUCAGCAUCUCAAUUUCCCAAGCUCAUCAGCUCCAAGAAUGUUCGUCCUCGCUCUAGAUUCCACUGGGUUCACAUCGCACCUUCUUCGGAUCUGGAUCUCAUCUUCCUCUCCCAUUGGGGGUCAAGAUUCGUGAGGGUGAGGCAGGCAGACGGUCCUCACGGUCGCGUGUACUUUGAGGAGGUGGCAAGUGGACCGGAGCGCUACCUCUCGAGCGAGGUCAAGGUGGUCAACAUCUGCGGAUACCCCGCCGUGCGCCUCCUUCGCGUUGAGGUCGCCGGAGAGGACAUCAACCUCUUCGUCAAAGAGCUAGCACCCAGCUCUGGCGUCCCACCGCUGUGCCCGAGGUGCAAGAACGCGGGCGCGAGCCACGCUGCGCCUCGCGAGUCGCCUGCUCCCUCGGCGAGCCAUGCUACGCCUCGCAAGUCGGUUCUUCCCCAAUCUCCAUCUGAUCCCACCCCUGGCUCUCCGGUCUUUUCUCCUCCUCGCGGCUCGCCAGUGGUCUCUGAGGGCGGUAAUCGUGAGGUUGACGAUGGGGAGGAGGGCGACGAUGGGGAGAAGGGCGACGUACUCAUGAGGGAGGGCGAGGGCGCCGACCAGACGCUCGAAAUGCCCGCGGACAUCUCUCUCCCCGACUUCAUGAGCGCCUGCUUUGACCCUUCGACCAUUCGCAAGCCGGCACAGGACCCCAACUGCGGCUACGCCUGCUUCGAGCGAGGGCCUCACCUCUCCAUGGACAUUCGCACCUUCUUCUUCAACCUCGUCGGCCAACCUGCGGCCUUCAACACUCCUCUCGCUGUCCUCAUCUUCAAGACACUCUCUCUCGUUCAACGCUCCAACAUCGCGCAGCGAAUCUUCCCUGGCGGCGAGAUGCCCACUUCGAAGGAUCCGAUGCCUCCUCUUCGUGCCGACCACAAGCUGCGCAAGCAAGACCUUCCUCUGCUCGCCACAGCCCUCAGGAGCCCGGUCGCUGCCCUUGUUUCCCCGCACUACCAGCGUUCGAGGACCUACCCUCCAGUCGGUUUGGGUGAGGACGAGAAGAUGGGCGAGCCCUUUGUCGUCCUCAUCCACGACGAGGGUACCGAGGAUGAGGUGUGGUGCCACUUCGAUGCGCGACCUGACGCUCGCUUCCCCCCCUUCUCGUUGGGCUUCUGGGGUGAUGAGCAGGAGCGACUGAUGGCGACUACGGAGCACGAGCAAGCCCAUGCCAAAUGCAGGGUGUGGGUCGUACGAGACGAGGGUGCUCGCUAUGCGCGUUGUGGAUGCAGGAUCGAGGGCGCGGCUGGGGCAUCAUCAUUGUCGUCAUCCUCAACUUCGUCAUGA